AUGGCGCAAGCCAACGCCUCCGUCCCCAGCGAAACCUCACCCCCUUACGUCGACCCCACCUUCUCGGUAGUAAACACAUCAUGCCUGGACCUCCUCCUCAUCGAACUGGUCCCCAUGGCCUACCGCAUAACCGCCGACCUGGCCGCUCGAGAAGAAGAAUGGAUUCACGGUGCCGCCAGCGCAGCCUCACCUAGCGCGCGAGCCAAGCAGUUGGCUGGCUCCCCCGGCAACGACGCCGCGAGCACCGUAGCCGCGCGGACAGAAGGCGGAGGCCACGUUGGUGUCGCGGGGACCGUGGACGAGGAGGAGAGUAGAGAAGCCGUGUUUCACCGGUUAGAAGCACUAGGGUACAGAGUUGGUCUUGGGGUUGUGGAACGUUUCUCCCGCGACGCCCCCCGCCCCACCACCCCCCUCGAUUGCAUCAAAUUCCUCUGCAAAGACCUCUGGACCCUCCUCUUCCGCAAGCAAAUCGACAACCUCAAAACUAACCACCGCGGCAUCUACGUCCUCACCGAUAAUACCUUCAAGCCCCUCGGCCGCAUGUCCUUUGACACAAAGAAAUACGACGCCAGCAUGCAAGCUGCCCUCGUCGCGCAGACGGGCGACCCCGCGUUGGGGCGCGAGGCAAAUUCACAGGCUAGGGUCCAGCCGUUUCUUUAUUUCCCCGCGGGCUUAAUUAGGGGGUGUCUUGCUGCGCUGGGGAUUCAGGCUAGUGUUACGGCGGAGAGUGUGGCGUUGCCUGGGGCUACGUUUCAGAUUCGGACGGUAGGGGCGAAGAGUUGA